GGCGGCGCUUCAUGGCCAACAGUGAUGACAGUGAUGACGUUUGAGAGCAAGGCCGGCAAGGCGCUGGUCUUGUUACAGGCUACCCUUCAACCUUAAAGUUGAAUAGGAGGUAUUGGGAGGUAUUCACUGGACGCCAUACUAUCUAUACCAGUGAUCUAUACUGAAAGGUAGCGACAUCUCUAGGACCGUGGCGACCGUGGCCGCAUUCCCCCAGCCAUAGAGUCAUGUGGAUCCAGCAAAUAGGCAUAGAGAUCAGUGAAAUUAAUAAUGACCUUUAUUGCUCUUGCAAUGUGAAGGCAAAAUUUUAGAAGAAGGAGUCUAAAUGUUCCUAGGUUAGAUAGCGCAAGCUACCGCUCAAAUCAAGGGAUAUUUGGCCAAUACCAUUCAUCUAUCCGAGACACAUCCGGCCACAUGCGGCGGAAAACGGGAAACUGACGCAGCUGACGUUGGCGUUGGUUGGUUUGCUCGAGUUGGCUCGAGUCGUUUAUUCGCUCCUUGCCGAUCGUUCAGGCGUAUACGUUACGAUAAUCAGCAUAUGUCUUAUGCCAGUGGCAACUUUCAGCUAGCUAGAUCCCUAAUAGGACUUCGAAGUAGUUUCACAGUGCGUGCCUAGCGAGUCGUGAUGGUAGACGACGCCACAAGGAAAACUCUGAGCGGUAUCCCUCUCCUUAAGACCAAGGCGGGACCUCGCGACAAGGACCUGUGGCCGUCCAGGCUCAAGGAAGAGUACCAAUCCCUCAUCAAGUAUGUCCAGAACAACAAGGAGAAUGACAACGACUGGUUCCGGUUGGAGUCCAACAAGGAUGGCACCCGGUGGUUUGGCAAAUGCUGGUACAUCCACGAGCUGCUCAAGUAUGAGUUUGAAGUGGAAUUUGACAUUCCAGUGACCUAUCCCACCACGGCACCAGAAAUAGCGCUGCCAUCCCUGGAUGGGAAGACUGCAAAAAUGUACAGAGGAGGCAAGAUAUGCAUGACGGACCACUUCAAGCCUCUUUGGGCUCGCAACGUGCCCAAGUUUGGCAUAGCCCAUGCGAUGGCUCUUGGGCUGGGACCAUGGCUAGCAGUGGAGAUUCCGGACUUGAUACAGAAGGGCGUCUUGAAGCACAAGGACGACAAGGAAGAGCAGCAAGCGUCGUAGACCUUCUAAUAAAAGGUUGUCUCUUAUAA